AUGGCGGUAGACCGGCGCAAGGUUGCUGUGUUUGGUGCAGCCUUUGUGCUGCGACUACUUUUUGUCUGUCUUUUCCCAUCGUUGCCCGACUUACUCACAGGUCGAGUGGAGGUCUCGACCCCGGUCAAUAGCUUCAAGCGACUUCAAGAAGGUCUCUUUCUCUACAUCCGAAAUGUAUCACCCUAUGAUGGAGGUGUUUUCCACCAAGCGCCACUCCUCCUCCCUUUAUUCGCUUUGCUCCCAGAUGUGAAGAGCAGCCCAUUCCCUACCGCCAUAUUCUACUUUUUUGUCGAUCUAGUAAAUGCGCAUGCAUUGAUCUCCAUCUCGGAAUCGGGCCAAUCGGUGCAGACCCGGCUACACUCAGCUAUGCGAAAGCAUAUUCGUUGGGACGGAGUGUCCAUUGCAGCUUGGUUUCUGUUCAACCCCUUUACCAUCGCAACCUGCUUAGCACGAUCAACGAGCGUCUUCACCACGACCGGAGUCCUUUAUGCUGUCUCGAACGCCGUCGAGGGAAACAGCAUCAAUGCUGUGCUGGCAUUAGGAUUUGCGUCAUACCUGUCUCUCUACCCAGCAUUGUUGUUUAUUCCGCUGGUGCUGCUCUGCUAUGACCAACAAGCACAGUCAUCCAAGGCCCCCAAUACUGUGAUGUUCUUUGUACAACAUGGAGCGAUACUUCUGGCUAGCGUCACCGGCCUACUUGGACUGUCAUACCUUGUCACUGGGAAUUUCUGGGAAUUCCUGUCCGCUACCUAUGGCUUCCAUCUCCUGGUCCCCGAUUUGACUCCUAAUGUGGGUCUGUGGUGGUAUUUCUUCAUCGAGAUGUUCGACUCCUUCCGGGAGUUCUUCCUGGGCGUCUUCUGGCUUCACCUAGCCAGCUACGUUGGAGGCUUCACUGCCCGUCUGCGACGACAACCUUUGUUCAUUAUCACUUCGCUGCUGGGUGUCUUUGCAAUCUUCAAGCCAUACCCUAGCAUUUCCGAUGCAUCUCUUUACUUCGCGCUGCUACCUUUGUACAGGCACCUCUUCCCUUUGAUGCGAUACACAUUUUUCGCAGUCUCCGCACUGCUUUACUCCAGUCUUCUUGGCCCCGCAUUCUACCACCUGUGGAUCUACGCUGGAUCCGGCAACGCCAACUUCUUCUAUGCGAUUACUCUUGUCUGGAGUCUCGGCCUUUCCAUCCUAUUAGCCGACAGCAUCUUCGCGGCUCUCAGAGAUGAAUGGGAGCAAGCCAACCCGGAGUCACAGGGCCAGGAAGUGAAACAAAUAUAA